CCGAGAAGAGGAGGUUCGCCGCCACCACCACCAACAACAACCACCGCUCCAAUCCGCCCUGUCCCGUCCUGCAGGUCGGCGCCCGUUCAGGACCCCCCGUCCCGUCCUUCAGGACCCGCCGUCCUCCAAGACCUCCCGCCCCCAGGACGGCCCGAGGACCCCGUGGGAAGGUGCAGAGAUGGCUGCUGGAUGUACCAGUGUUUUGGAGCCAGACAUGACCCUCACUUUGAUUGCAAACCUAGAUGGGGAUACAUUUUACUUCAGAGAUGAAGAUGAAGAUGGUUUUGAAUCAGAUGCCUUCAUGAAACACGGGAAUCCUAAAUUCCAAGUGUUCCAAGACUCCAGCACCAAAGUUCUCGUAAUGAAACAGGACAGCUGCACACCCAGAUUUGAGGCCAUGAGUGAACAGGAAAUUAAAGAUAAUGCUCCUCAGACCAAAUUUAUCAUUCAGUUCUACAAAAACACCAAACCCGGUUGCUACCCAGUGACCAUCAGUGUGAAGAGUGGAGAUCGGACUUUCCAUCUUUCCUGCCAGGGAAACAUCCUCCAUUUUGAAAAGGGUGAAGUACCACAGAAAAUCGACGAAGAUCAGAGCGAUAUCAUAUUCUUCCAAAAGGGAAUCGUAGGUUUUAAAGAUAGAUAUCAGUUUCAGCCCUCCUCGUGCCCUGGGUCCUAUCUGGCUUGUGAAAAGAAGCAGAACGACUCCUAUUUCACCAUGAUUUUGAAGAAGGUGAGUGGAGAUGAGAACGACUCCACCCACAUGACUCUCAAGCCUUUCCCUCAGUAACCAAAGAAAAGCAGUUAGAUGAAAUCAGGGCACCUGGGUUGCUGCUCUGUUGGGCCUCGGGUUAUCUGCCCGUACAGUACACGGGGCUCCUCCCUGCCUCUCAGGGGUGUUCUGAGGUUGGGAAAUAAACUAUUAUGUAUAUUCCUGGAAUGA